CGGGUUCAGCGUCAGCACGGCGGGCAAGACCCACAUCUUCAAACCCGUCUCGGUGCAAGCCAUGUGGUCUGCCUUGCAGAUCCUCCACAAGGCUUGCGAGAUGGCUCGGAGGCACAAUUACUUCCCGGGGGGGAUGGCGCUUGUCUGGGCCACCUACUACGAGAGCUGCAUCGCCUCCGAGCAGAGUUGCCUCAACGAGUGGAACGCCAUGCAAGACCUGGAGUCUCCACGCCCCGACUCGCCUGCUCUCUACAUGGACAAGCCCACCGAGCGAGAGAGGGCAGAACGGCUGAUCAAGGCCCAACUGCGGAGCAUCAUGAUGAGCAAAGAUCUGGAGAACGUGACUUCCAAAGAAAUCCGGAACCAGCUGGAGAAGCAGAUGAGCUGCAAUUUGAAUGAGUUCAAGGAAUUCAUCGACAAUGAGAUGCUGCUCAUCCUGGGUCAGAUGGACAAGCCCUCCCUCAUCUUCGACCACCUCUACUUG